CAUCAAGAACCUUGAUGUUAUUUAACAGCCUUGUCACUAGCCAGUGGUAUGUCCUCCAAUGCCUUAAAUCUUGGCUUCCUUCUGCAUCAGAUUUAGUAACUAAAGAAGCAUAAAUGAGUAAGCAAUAAAGGACUCAUAAAAGAAAGGGUCUUGAGUUCUCUGGUGCUGCUAUACCAGGGAAGUGGGGUCCCCACAGACCUGGAAAUUCUGGCCCCUCUUUCUCAACUGAGUACAAAUUGAGACGUCUGGGAUUGAUUUCCAAAGACUCAUGUUAUGUAAGGAAGCUACCAACAAGAGCAAGGAAAAGGAGCCAGGGAUAGCUCUUCCUCAGGGACACUUGGGAAUGUGGCUAUAGAAUUUCAGGGAUGUGGCUAUAGAAUUCUCAGUGGAGGAGUGGAAAUGCCUGAACCCUAUGCAGAGGGCUUUAUACAGGGAAGUGAUGUUGGAGAACUACAGGAACCUGGAGUCUGUGGGUAGCUCUUUAAAAUCCAUGAUGGAGUUCUCAUCAACAGGGCAAGGCAAUACAGAAGUGUUCCACACAGGGACUUUGGAAAGACAUGAAAAUUAUCACAGUGGAGAUUUUUGCUUCCCAGAAAUUGAGAAAGAUAUGCAUGACUUUCAGUUUCAGUGGCAAGAAAUUGAAAGAAAUGGCCAUGAAGCACCCAUGACAGAAAUCAAAGAGUUAACUGGUAGUACAGACCGACAUAAUCAAAGUCAUGCUAGAAACAAGCCUAUUAAAGACCAGCUUGGAUUAAGCUUUCAUUUGCAUCUGCCUGAACUGCACAUAUUUCAGACUGAAUGAAAAAUUGGUAAUCAAGUGGACCUGUCUAUCAAUGAUGCUUCCUCAGCUUCAACAUCCCAAAUAAUUUCUUGUAGGCUCAAAACCCAUAUUUCUAAUAAGUAUGGGAAGAAUUUCCUCCAUUCUUCAUUAUUCACACAUACAGGAAGUACACAUGAGAGAAAAACCUUUCCAAUGUAAUGAGUGUGGCAAAGCCUUUAAUUAUAGCUCACACUUAAGGAGA